AUGUCAAUUUGUUCAUAUUCUUUAUCAACUAAACCUAUCUUUCGAUUUAUUCAAUCCAACUCACAAUCAUUAACAGCUUUUGUACACACUGAUGGUACAAUAGAAGUGCACUCAACAAAGACAACUUGUAGUUUUACACCAUUGAGAAUUGAUGACGAUCCAACACAUUUGUUGUUAUUGGAUAUUCCAACAAAUAGUCUAAAUGAACCGAUCAUAAACUUGGUCAUAACGUUCUAUGUCCAGUCAAAAGAAAAAAAUAGUAAUUUUGAUUUAAAGGCUUAUGAAUUUCUGCCAACUACUGAUAAUAAUAACACUGCCAAUAAUAACAAUAUUGUUAACAACAUUCAUAGUAAUUUAUUAUCUACAUCUAUUACAUCUACUAACACCACCACUAAUAAUAAUAAUGGUGGAGUUGGAUUAAAUGGUGUUGGCAAUAACAAUUAUACAGAAUUUAAUUUGAUUCCUAUUGCAUUACAAGUUGGUGAUGAAAGAUUUUUAAAAGAUUUUAAAAGUUCUUCCAAAUACAACAGUAAAUCAAAACAAAUGGGAUCAUUUAUUGGUAUAGUGACUAUCAAACAACUAAUUAGUGGUAAACUUUGUUCAUGUUAUAAUUUACAAUUAGUGUCACCCGAUACCAUACUUCUUCAUACCACCAAACCAUCAUUAUAUCUAAUUUCUGCCUCAAUAAAAUCUAUUUCUGUUCCGAUAACAAUCAAAUCACGUAAAGCAUCGUUGGAUGAGCCAACAUCUGAAAUAAGACAUCACACGGUAAUAGCUUGCUUCCCACUAAAACAAUUUUCAAUUCCUGAUUUAUCAUCUUCUCGCUCAUAUCCUUUUAAUGAAUCACAAUCACAAAAACCAAAGCAACAACAAAGACUAAGUAUUACAUUAUUCGAAAACUUUAUGAUAAACGAAAAAAUUGAUAAAGAUUUAUUAUUGAUGAUUUGUUGGAUUAAUAUGCCAUUGUUAAAUGAUGUGGAUGGAAGUAAUACGGGUUUGUAUAUUGUAAGAUUUGAAGAAGAAGAUAUCAAAUUGCUAAAAUCUCUUUGCGAUUUGGCAAAUUUGUUAUCAUUUGUUAAUAAAAAUAAGAAUAUUUCAGUAAAAGCAGUUGGAGACAAGACAUUACUUUGGCAAUCAAUAAAUUGUCAUUUAUUUCAUGGAAUUUUCUCGCCUAAUCAUAUAAUGGAUGUUUGUACACAAAAUCAAGAUGUGAUGAUGGUCGCCACGACCAAAGAAACUUUAAUGUACGUUGGUGAUUGGUUGUAA